AUGGGGACGGAAUUGAAGAUGAGGUUCUCUUGGAAGAUAGACAACUUCUCGGACAGGAAAGAAAGGAUGGUGUCGAAGUCCUUCUCAUGCGGCGACUGUGAAUGGUGCGUUGUUGUUGAUACCAAGCGAUACCCUGGUUAUGAUUUUGAUUUGUCUCUGCAUCUGAGCGUACAUAAUCCUGAAUCACUGAGACUUGGAUGGAAAAGGAGAGCUAGAUUUUUCUUCGUUAUUUUGAAUCAUUCCGGCAAAGAGCUCCGCAGAACAUAUUACGACGGCAGAUCCCGUUUAUUCUGCGCUGAGGCCACACCAUGGGCAUGGGGUGUCAAGGGUCUGUUGUCUCUUACCGAGCUUCAAGACCCCGAGAAAAACAUACUAACCGUUCAAGUCUUCGUUGAAGUAGACGAAGUUGUUCAUCAAGGACAAUCAACUGAAAAUGAUCUAUUAGACUUCGAAGGUGUCCAGAUCCUUGCUUCUCAAGCUCAUUCAGUGACCCGGAUUUUAAGGCAGAACCCAGGAUUUAAGGAAGAUUUCGCUCCAAAGUACCCGGAGCUGAGGGCAGUAUACUACACUCUCUUGGUCUCCCUCAUCGAGACACUGAUGAGCAAGUCUCCACAGAGCUUGUCUCUGGCUGAACUAACCAACGCUCAAUCCCAAUUGACCGAGCUGACGAAGGCAGGCUUCAAGCUAGACUUAUUGGAGUCAAAGCUCGAGGAACUUUUCUUGGAUAGGAAGAAAGUAGCUGUCCAACUCGAGGAACGGGUCAAGAAUGUGGAACUGACUUUAGAGAAGAUCAAAUAUGCGGCUGAUGCUAGAGUUUCUUCGUUUGGGUUCAUAGAUUCUCUCAUAAAGAGAUUCUUUCUCUCUUGCUUCUCAAUCUGA